AGCUCGAAGACUUGUUUCAGUUCUGUCGAAGAAGAAGAAGGAAGAAAAUGGCGUCGAGCAAUCAGACAAUAUUGCAGCUUCCGAAUUUUCCUACAAGCGUUUCCGCAAAGGUUCACCCUCUCGUUAUCUUCAACAUAUGCGAUUGUUAUGUCCGCCGUCCUGACCAGUCCGACCGAGUCAUCGGAACUCUCCUUGGAUCCGUCUUGCCUGAUGGAACCAUCGACAUUCGAAAUUCUUAUGCUGUUCCUCACAACGAAUCCUCGGACCAGGUUGCAUUGGAUAUUGAUUACCACCAUAACAUGUUAUCAUCUCACCAGAAGGUUAACCCAAAAGAAGUCAUUGUUGGAUGGUUUUCAACUGGUUUAGGUGUCACUGGAGGUAGUGCACUGAUCCAUGACUUUUACUCCAGGGAGGUUUCAAAUCCAAUUCAUCUGACUGUUGAUACUGGAUUUAAGAAUGGAGAGGCUAGCAUAAAAGGUUUUGUUUCAGUAAACUUGUCUUUGGGAGAUCAUCAACUUGCUGCACAGUUUCAAGAAAUCCCAUUGGAUUUAUGCAUGGUUGAGGCCGAGAGGGUUAGCUAUGAUGUCCUGAAGAGCACAUCGGUGGACAAACUACCCAAUGAUUUGGAAGGAAUGGAAGCAUCAAUGAAACAUUUGCUUGCCCUGAUAGAAGAUGUCUACCAAUAUGUUGAUGAUGUGGCGGAAGGAAGAGUUGAGGCAGAUAAUGACAUAGGGAGAUUUAUAUCAGAAACUGUGGCUUCCAUUCCCAAAGUUCCGUCUCAAGCUUUAGAUAAGCUUGUAAAUGAUAGUUUGCAGGACAAUUUGCUACUGCUCUAUUUGUCGAGCAUCAUGAGGACUCAACUAACUUUGGCAGAGAAGUUGAAUACUGCUGUUCAUGCUCUGUGAGGGAAUUUCUCCAUAUUAUAGCGGAAUGGAAGGAACUUGUUUGGUAGCUUCUGCAGUUUUGGCCUCAGGCUUAUUCAUUAUUGUAUGAUCCCCUACCUAAAAUUGCAUGAGAUUUAGUUAAAAAAGACUUUUAAUUUAAACUAUUGACGUCUGUCUUUUGUUGGAGCCCCCUUUAAAAGAAUCUUGUUAUUGAUAAUGUGAGAUGCAUUAUUAUAAUUACUAUAAACUAGCAAUAGAAAUGACAGGAAUUUAUUAAACUUGAUA